UUUCACGAUUUUUCUUAAAUUAUCAAAAAAGAUACAGAAUAAGGAAAAUUGAAAUCGACAAUAUGACUUCUCAUGAAGAACAACCAGCAAAAAAAAUUCGUUUAAAUUCCGGAGAACCUGUUGUUGUUCUACUGAACGAUACUAAAAAUAGGUCAGAAGAUUCUGAGAAAAUCGCUUCAAAUAUUGAAGUAAAUCAAAUGAUCCGUGAACGAGAUGUUGGAAUUAUUGAAUAUGCUAACCCAUCGAUUCCGGGAUUUUGGGGUGUUAUAAAACAAAGGUUCUCGGAUUUUAUGGUUAAUGAGAUUGAUAAUUCUAGAAAUAUCGUUCAUCUUACAAAUUUUAAUAUUCCAAAAGUAGAAAACCCUGUGGAUAAACCUGACGUUCAAGAUAUAGGGAUACCGAAAGAAAAAAUAUCAGAUGAACAAGUUUUUCAAGAAAUGAAAGCUUUGCUUGGUGAGGAGAUUUCAAACCAAAUUCAAAGUUUAUUAAGUGGUCAGGAUGAAAAUCUCUCAUUUGUUAAUACGAAGGUUGAAAAAGACAAAAACAAAAGAAAAGCCAUUCAUCAAUUUUUUAAGGAUCAUUUUGGCGAUAAGUUAAAUACAGAAGCAAAUGAUGGCGUAAUAAAAGUCAGUAUGCAUACUGAUAAGACUAGAAAGGACAGAAGGAGUAGACAACAAAAAAAUGAUAUCUGGGAUGCAUUGGGUGGAUCUUAUUGUCAGUUUACUUUAUACAAGGAAAAUAAGGAUACAAUUGAAGCUAUUAAUUUUCUGAGCAAGCUUAUAAAAGUUCAUGCAAAAACAUUUUCAUAUGCUGGUACGAAAGAUCGUCGUGCUAUAACUGUUCAGAAAGUAACCGCAAACAGGAUAAAAGCUGAAAGAUUACUCGGAUUAAAUUCUAACCUGAAAGGAAUGAAGUUAGGAAACUUUGAAUAUGUUAAGACUCCAUUAAAGCUUGGUGACUUGAGAGGGAAUCAUUUUAUAACCACAAUAAGAAAUGUUCAAGUUGAAAAUGAGGAAGUAAUUUCGAAAGCUAUAGAAUCUUUGCAAUCACGUGGAUUUGUUAAUUAUUAUGGCAUGCAAAGAUUUGGUAGUUCAUCUAUCCCUACAUUUCAUAUUGGUCGUGCACUUUUACAAAAUAACUGGGAAGAAGCUGUCAAUUUGAUUAUGAAGCCUCGACCCGGAGAUCGUCAGGAUCAUCAAAUAGCAAGACAACAUUGGAUAGAGAAUCAUGAUGCGAAAAAGGCAUUAGAAUUAUUUCCCAAACAGUGUAUUGCAGAAACUCAAAUAUUAAAUUAUUUUGCAAAGACUGGACAACUUAAUGAUUAUGCAGGAGCUUUUGCAACGAUACCAAGAAAUCUACGUCUUAUGUAUGUACAUGCUUAUCAAUCAUAUAUAUGGAAUAGUAUUGUUUCAGAGAGGAUAUGCAUACAUGGUUGUCAUGCUCCAGCUGUAGGAGAUUUGGUUAUUAAGGACGAGGAUUCGAUUGCAGACAUAGAUAGUGAAGAUCUAGUGGAUGAUAAUUUUACUGUUAAUUCGGAUGACAAAAAGGAAAUUAAAGUGAAAGUACUUGCCGAAGAAGAUUUGAAUAAUUAUUCAAUUUUUGACGUGGUGUUACCUUUGCCUGGAUAUUCUGUUAUUUAUCCUAAUAAUAACAUAUUUGAGAAAUAUAAAGAAUUAAUGUGGAAAGAUCAUUUGGAUCCACGCGAAAUGAGAAGAAAUGUCAAGGACUUUUCUUUAUCUGGAUCAUACAGAAAAAUUAUGGGAAAGCCAAAUGAUUUAUCAUGGAAAAUUUUUAAAUAUGAUGAUCAGAAUAUAUCACUGUCCUUGACUGACUUAGAUUUAUUGGAUGGAAAAUCAGAACCAGAAUCAUUACCAAAUGGUAAAAAUACUGCAUUAAGAAUAAAUUUUUCCUUAUCAGCUAGUUCAUAUGCUACAGUAUUAUUAAGAGAAUUAAUGAAACCUACAGAAAAGGAAUAAUUUAAUUUUGAAUUUCAUUGAUUAUAUAAUGCUUAGUGUGUAUGUUACCGAAGCAAAAUCAUUUACUUAUUGGUGUUAAUCAAUUAAUAAUAUCUUGUUUGUAUAUAAUGAUAUUGUUAUAUCUAGGUAAAAGAACGAUCACAAUUAUAAUAUAGCGUCAUGAAGUUAUUAAGUUUAAGCCUCAUAAUUAAUAAAGUCUGUUGUAUAAUAUUGAGUAUUUAUUCA